AUGCCUCCUCUGUCCGACUCGCCUCCCCCCGUUCCUCCGCCAGUCCCCGUCGAGACCCAUCCUAAUCGAGCGGUCGGGAUAAAGCCUCCUGGACAACAACGGACGCUCCCCGAUCCCACCCGGCUUGCCCCUGAAGAUGCAUACUAUUCGCCUGCAUUGGUGAGAACACGAACUGCUCCAGCAACCUACGAUGAGUCUCUUCGAGGGCUGAACGGGAGCGCCGGCACUGCUGCCUCGGUCGCAGCUUUGCGACCGCCGCACGCGGUCCCGGCGCGAAAAUUACGAGGAACAAGUAGACGUCGGCGACGAAAGGGCGCGUGGAAGAAGCUGCUCUGGGUGAAGCAAUCAUAUCCUGAUAACUACACCGAUACCGAGACGUUCCUCGAUCAUCUCCAGCGCAACCCACGCGUGCGUCCUUACGACUUCUGGCCGCUCGUAGCCGAUUCUACGGUCAUUGUUCAGCAUGUUUGCUCGGUGGCGAUCUUUGUUUGCUGCUUUGUUGGCAUUGUCCAGGGACGGGUGAGCCCCGUGUCGAUUGUGUGCUGGGGGAGCGUCGGGACGGCUAUGGGCUGGAUACUGUGGGAUUCAUGGGUGUUCAGAGAGCAUGGGGAGAGCCACGUGGUGGAGCGCGCAUCCGAAGGGGAUGACGGAUCGAGUUCUGGCUCAACCACAAGUUCAAUGAACCCAUCCACCACCCGGUUAAAUGACCAGAAGGACAACCAGGUCCAUGGACUUGGGUUGACGAUGUCUCACAGUGAGACAGAACCGGGACGAAGGAGCAGCAACUCGGGUCUCGGCGAUUCCUGCACGCAGGAUGCGGCAUCCUUCGGAGGUACGAAUGGCGUUGCUGCCGGCAGCGUCCCCCUUCUGCACGACGCGCCGAUGACUUCACGACUCUCUACGCGCAACCGCCAGCGGCUAUCUACCGUUAAAUCGGCAUUUUUGAUAUACUGUGCAUUACUGGGGCUUAGUCCGAUCCUGAAAUCGCUCACUAAAUCGACGGCCAGCGACUCGAUCUGGGCGAUGAGUUGCUGGCUGUUGAUCACCAACAUCUUCUCGUUUGACUAUGGGAGUGGGGAGGGCGCAGGCGCUACGAAGUUCCCGGCUUCUCUGUCGACCAACGCUGCGGUGAUGGCCUCGACCGUGCUGGCGUCCCGGCUGCCGUCGACGACGCAUGUGUUCAGUUUAAUGCUGUUCUCCAUCGAAGUGUUUGGACUGUUCCCUAUCUUCCGGCGUCAGUUGCGCCAUAUUUCAUGGACCGGCCAUGUGUUCCUGACACUAGCGCUGGUGAUCGCCGCUGGUGGCGCGGUUGGAAUUACAUUAAGGGGCGGAUUGACGGCGGCCGUCGUCGGUUCUAUGCUCGGCAGCAUCCUGACUGCUUUGGCGAUGGGAGGCUGUAGUUGGUGGCUCAUCAGUCUGCAGAAAUACAAGAACGUUGUGACGGGACCAUGGGACCCGGCGCGACCCAUCAUCCGACGCCAUUGGGACUAG